AUUCAGCCUGUAUUAAGUGAACAUGGAGAGACGCUGGUUUGCAAUAUGUGUACUGUUUUUGGUAUCCGGCAUAUUUUUGCAGUCUCAUGCAACUUCCUUUCGAAAAAAAGGUCAUUGCCCAAGAAUCUUUUAUGGCAUCAUAUGGCAACACUGUCUGAAAGAUGGAGACUGUCCUGGAAACCAUAAAUGCUGUUUGUUUGACAGGACCUUUGCCUGCGCCCCUCCUGUUAUUAAAGUGUGUCCUGACACCAACGGGAGGGUGGGACUGUGUGCUGAGUUCUGCUCUUCAGACCGCGACUGCUCAAGGGGUUUUAAGUGCUGUUCCAAUGGGUGUGGGCAUCAGUGCACUAGACCAGUAACUGUGUAUCUGUAAAGCCACGUUACUGCAGUCUGGGAACGUUCACUGUCAGGAGGGCUGAGCUCCACGGUGUUGAUCAAAAGAAAAGGAGUGCUGUGAGACAACCUGUGGUCAUGUCUGCAAGGAACUCUUUCUGUGGGACAAGAAGCAUGAAUAAAUAGCAUUUAUCACAGAAGGCAAUCUUUUGGUUUCUUUACUGUAAAGUAAUUGAUUAAAAUUCUCA